AUGGAAUCAACAAUUUUUUUAUUGCCAAGGGUCAAGCAUGGUUUGGCUACAUUUUGCUCGGAAGCCUAUGCUUCUCAUACAAAAAAACCAAUGUUGGUAUGGCCAAGGAAGGAAUAUGGUAUAUCAACAAAAUUAUUUGAUCUGGAACAAUACUGGAAAGAAGUUUCACAGACAGCACCAACUGUUUAUCCUUCACGACCAAAAAAAUACAUCCUUUCAAUGUAUCCAUAUCCAUCAGGAAAACUACAUAUGGGACAUAUGCGAGUAUAUACGAUAUCAGAUGCACUUGCUCGUUAUUAUAGAUUGAACGGUUACAAUGUUAUUCAUCCAAUUGGAUGGGAUGCUUUUGGUUUACCAGCAGAAAAUGCUGCUCGAGAAGCGGGCGUUGAUCCAGCGCAAUGGACAGCAAGCAAUAUUGAUGUGAUGCGUCAGCAACUAUUGAGUACAGGCAUCAUAUUUGAUUGGAAUAGAGAAAUUUCGACGUGCUCGCCGGAUUACUAUCGUUGGACGCAGUGGAUUUUCUGUCGACUCUUUGAACGUGGCUUAAUUCGACGAGCUUUAACGGAGGUGCAUUGGGAUCCCAUCGAUUGUACGGUUCUCGCUGCAGAGCAAAUUGACGCAGAAGGUCGUUCAUGGCGUUCUGGUGCAAUUGCUGAAAAGCGUAAAAUAAAGCAUUGGAUGAUUGAAACGCCAAAAUAUGCUAAGCGCAUGUACGAUGGACUUGAGAAAUUAACUCACUGGAAAGAAGUAGCAGCCAUACAAGCUAAUUGGAUUGGGAAAUGUAGUGUUUGGCGAUUUUUACUACCUUUAAAGGAGAGAAACGGUACAUUGCUGGACGAAAAACUUGACCUUCGAAUACGAGAACCACAUUAUCUAGCCAAUGCUAGUGUUGUUUUCAUUCAACCUGGCCAUCCUCUCUUCAACUUAGCUGACGAAAAAGAAGAAAUAGGUGUUUUGAAUGUGACUGCAUUGAACAUUGUAAACGGAAAAGAUAUGCAUAUCAUUUAUAUGAAUAAAAAUGCUGCUAAAAAUGGUAAUGAAUUCAUCUUGAAUGCAAGACUUUCGUGUAACGAGGAGGAAUUUGAUAGGAAGAUUUUAGAAAGUUUUGGAUUCUCAACAAAACCAUCUAGAAUUGCUUUCACCAAUAAUGAUGUAAUUCAGAUUGCUGAAUUUGGAGAUUACGGUGGCUAUGAAACAAGUGAAAGAUUACUUGACUGGGUUGUUUCAAGGCAGCGGAAGUGGGGUACUCCAAUACCGGUAUUACUUAGUGCUGAUGACCGAUGUGCUGUUGCUGUUACUGAUGAUCAGUUACCUGUUAUUGCCGCUCAUUGUAAAUACGACGAAAAAAUUCCAUGUCAGAGAUUGCCCGAUGGAUUUGGAUAUUGGGAAAAGGAUACUUUGGAUACUUUUUUUGAUUCCAGUUGGUAUUACUUAAGAUUUCUUGAUCCCAAAAACGAUACGGAAUUGAUUUCAAAAAAGAAAUUUGUAAAUAUGCCGGUCGAUGUUUACGUGGGUGGAAUAGAACACGCUGUGUUGCAUUUAUUUUUUGCCCGAUUCAUAUCCUAUUUCUUACACGAUAUUGGUGCAUCACCUGUGCAGGAACCUUUUGAUAGUUUGUUACCGCAAGGGAUCGUAUGUAGUCGCACUUUUAAGAGAAGCGAUAACGGGAAGUAUGUUAAGGAAGAUGAUGUUGUCCAAACAGGAAAUGGUUUUAUCAUAAAAAGAGAUGGGUGUGCAGUAGUUACGCAGUUUGAGAAGAUGUCGAAGUCAAAACAUAACGGCGUUGAUCCAUUAAGCGUGUUAAAAUUGAAAGGGAUCGAUUUGACUCGUUUGCAGUUGUUGAAUGAAGCUGCACCGAGAGAACCUAUUAACUGGGGAGAUACAGAAUUAAAAGGUCUUUUCAAGUUUAUGGAACGAACGUCGGACGUCGUUAGCUUCUACAUAGAGCAACGUCAAUUCCCAUCUUCAACUUCAACUGAACCAUUAGACAUUGCAGAAGAAGAAAAAUAUCGCACUAUCUAUAAUUUUUAUGUUCGUAAUAAUACUUCGGCUAUAACAUAUCGGCGCAGCGAACAAGUUGAACGAUGUGUUCAUGCACUAGUGAUAAUGUUGCAGUUAUUCACACCUCAUUUGGCUGCUGAAUACUGGGCUGCGUUAUGUUCCGUUCCUGCAAUAAAUAGUCAUGCAGUGCGGCUAGAUAAAGAAGUCAACGAACAUCCAUGGCCUCAAGUAGAUCCGGAUGCUAAUAUUGACUUCAUGAUUAAUGUUGGAAAAUUAAGCUGUGGUCGAGUUGAGGUACCACGUCUAGAAAUUGAACAUCUGUCCGACGAAGAAGCUUUACAAUAUGCAAUUAAUGGUGUGCAUAGUAUAUUUUUCCAGGAAUUAGCAUCAUUGGGUUUCAGACCAGUAUCUUGUAAAAAAUUGUCUCGAACUGGAUUUUUUGUACUUCUUGAAGUUAAAUUCGAUCGUGUACCUGCAGAUGAAACAUUGUUAGAAAUUUUAAGACAAACAAGAGCGCAGCGAUUAAAAGCAAAGAGAGCAAGGAAAAAGGCACGAAUGUAA